AUGUCACCACAGUCAACAACUUAUUGGAUACAAAACUUUAGCUCUCAGUCAGGGCAAGUCAUCAACUUUGAGAAAAGUUCAAUAUACUUCAGCAAGAAAACCAAACCAGAGGUUGCAGAUACAAUAAAGCAAAUGCUAGGAGUCAAAAGCAUGAACUCUAAAGAGAAGUACUUAGGUUCUCCAUUAAUCAUUGGACACUCAAAACAAGAAGCAUUCAAAAGUAUUAAGAAAAAUUUUGAAAGCAGAUUCAACACAUGGUCAUCUAUUUCUCUUUCACAGGCAGCAAUUGAAAGAAAAUUCUUUUGGGGCCAUCAUUCUAGCAAGGGUCAUAAUCCAACAGCAUGGCUGAACAUAUGUAGACCAACUGAAUUGGGUGGUCUUGCUUUCAGGGACCUGGAAAAGCUGAAUUUGGCACUCCUCACUAAAUUGGCCUGGAGAAUUUGUAGUGAGUCUGACAGUCUAUUGGAAAGAACUCUUUCCAGCAAAUACUUUAAAAAUGAAGACUUACUUCAUCAACCUGUCACAGCUAAAAAUUGUUCUUAUGUUUGGAAUGGAAUCUCAAAGGGUCUAGAGAUUGUGAAGCAAAACUUCUUUAUGGAAAUUAAUAAUGGGAGGAAAACAAAAAUCUGGAGAGACAGAUGGAUUCCUGGUAUGCUUCAUCCUCCCUCACCUCAAAAUGAUCACUGUAGGUUUUAUGAAACAAUUCUCCCUGAAUCAUCUCAAUGGAAUAAUCAACUAAUUGAUUUCUUAUUUGAUGUUGACACUGCUCUUAAAAUCCAAGCUCUCUUUAUAGAUAUUAAUAAGGAAGAUAACAUGAUUUGGAUGCCUGCUAAAGAUGGAGUCUUUUCUGUUAAAGGCACUUACAAACUGCUGUCUUACAAUGAUAGAGAAGUGCAGGUGGAUGGAAGAAUAAUAGAUAGAAAAGUAUGGAAAACACUCUGGAAAUGCAAAGCUGCACAAAGUAUUAAACUCUUUGCAUGGAAAUGCAUAAGAGGGAUUCAUUCUUCUAAGUACAAGAUAGCAAUGUACAACAGUAGUCUUGAAGUAAAUUGCGACAUUUGUGGCUACAAUGAAGAAACUAUAGAACAUAUCCUUCUUGAAUGUAGACAUGGCAGAGCAGUCUGGAGGGGUAUCAACAUCAACAUAGAUUCGGUCAGAGAAAAUUGUAGUACUGUAUCAGAAUGGGGAGUUACUCUUAACCCUUUUACUUCAUUACGCAAAAUUCAUUAUCAUCUUGCUUCUCAUAUGCAUGAAUCUUAUGCUACUGCGUUAACAAGUUCUCAGACUUUUAGAUGGAAACCUCCUUUAGAAAACAUAUUGAAAUUUAAUGUAGAUGGAUCUUUUGAUGAAGAUACUAACCAAUUUGGUACUGGCAUUGUGCUGCGAAUUUCUACAGGUCAAUGCAUUGGCACAAAAGGAACCUAUGGAAAUGGAGCACUAAGUCCGGAGGCUGUUGAGUGUUUGGCUAUUCAUGAGGCGCUGUUAUGGGCAAAGAGUUUGAAUCAUACAAGCAUUCAGAUAGAGGCAGAUGCAAAGCUCGUGAUACAAUCCAUCAAUGGUCAUUCACUUCUCAUCCAGUGGGAAAAUAGGAAUCUAAUAAAAGAGAUAAAAUAUUUAAGCUCUUCUUUCAUUUUAUGCACUUUUGAUUAUGUAUGUCGAAAUGACAAUCAAGUAGCAAAUGCUAUUGCUAGAACAACUAGAUAG